AUGUUCGCACCAAAGAAAGGCGCCUACGACACGGCCGCCAAAGACACCGACUUCCGCAAAAAGUACGACCGCGCCGAAUAUGCCCAAAAGGCCGCAGAGCGCGAAGCCAAAGAAAAAGAAGAAUCCAAAGCCCGCUAUGAAGCCAAGCUCGCCGGCAAGAAAUACUACGCUCCCCUCACCGGCGAAGAAACUCUCACGCAAGCACGCGCCUCCCGCCUCGACGUCUCCGCCAAUGUAGGGAAAGUCACACUCAUGCCCGCUGGGGCAGCGACCGGCAAGAGAGGUCGUGGAGCGGGAUUCUAUUGCAAGGAUUGCGAUUUGACGUUUAAGGAUAAUCUGCAGUGGGUGGAACAUGAGAAUAGUAUGCAGCAUUUGAGGGCGAUUGGGCAGACGGGAGAGGUCAAGCGCGCGACGGUGGAGGAGGUUCAUGAGAGGAUUGCGAUGAUUUGGGAGAGGAUGGUGGAGGAGAAGAGGGGGGAUGUUAAGACGCUUGGGGAGAGGUUGGAGGUAAGGAGGGAAGAGGAGGAGAAGAGGAGGGAGGAGAGGAGAGAGAAGAGACGGGAGGCGGUUGAGAGACAGAAGGCAGAGAGGGAGGAGGGUGUUAAGGUUAAGAAGGAGUAUGGGGAGGAUGUGAGAGUUGAAGGGGAGCAUGAUGAGGAUGAUAUGAUGGCUAGUAUGGGGAUUACUGGAUUCGGGACGUCGAAGAAGUGA